CCUUAUUUGACCUUGAGAUACUUCCGUAUUUUUCAAAGGUUUGAAGAGUUGUAUUCCACUGACUUAAAGCCUUAUUUGUCUCUGAAUAUGCUUGCCGACUGGAAUAUUUUAUAUCUUUGUUAACUGGAGGGCAUUUUAAACAAUACAAGGGCUUGAUACAGUCGGCGUUAGGACUUUGGUUCUUGCUGUUCCUGGCAACGGACAUUUGCACUGUUUGAUAACAGCGACGAAUAACAUACAUGUACGACCAGUGCGCUAGCCGGGUACAGCCGAUCAGAACAACGUACCUUGCAAUUUACAACGUAUGUUGUAAAAAUGGAGGUCUGCAUCGACUCCGUGGCGUCUGCCAUUAAUGCUGAGAAAGGUGGUGCGAUUCGUGUUGAAUUGUGUGCCAAUCUUAUGGAAGGAGGCACCACCCCAAGUCUUGGUAUGCUAAAGACAGUCAAAGAAUUCACAAACCUCCCUGUUUUUGUCAUGAUACGACCACGAGGCGGUGACUUUUUGUACACUGACGCUGAAGUAACUGUCAUGAAAAAUGACAUCACAGCCUUGAAGACUGCCGGUGCAGAUGGUUUUGUAAUUGGCGUCCUAACAGAAGAAGGUGAAAUAGAUAAAGACACAUGCAGACAACUCAUAGGCUUGUGUCGACCCCGUCCAGUUACAUUUCACAGAGCAAUCGACAUGUGUAAACGAUACGAGACUGCUUUAGAAACUAUAAUACAGCUUGGUUGUGAGAGAGUACUUACUAGUGGACUAGAAAAUUCUGCUUUAGAGGGCGUACCUGUCAUAAAGAACAUGGUAGAUAUUGCUAAAGAAAGAAUCAUAGUGAUGCCAGGUGGUGGUAUUAAUGAGCGAAAUCUGCAACGAAUUCUUGAUGGAACUGGUGCCAAAGAAUUCCACUGCUCUGCCAGAUCGACAAUCCCCUCAAACAUGUCAUAUAGAAACACUGCAGUAGCCAUGGGGGCUAGCAUAAGCCCACCAGAGUUCCAAAGAAAAAUAACAGACAUCGACAAAGUUCGAAAAUUAGUGUAUAUCGCUAAAGGAGUAACACAUGAUUGAUGACUAUUUUGUGAACAUUUUCUUUAUUUUUAUGUGGGAAAUCAAUAAGAAACAAUCACAUGCUCUUGUGACAAAUAUACAUUAUUUUGUUAUAUCUUUGUUGGUUUAAGGAUUACACAAUUCGCCCAUAGCAGUUUUGUCCCGAACAUUGUGGGAAGGGAUAUGUCUCAGGUAUAACAUAAACUUCGGUUGACUUGUAGAUUGUGCUCAGUGACGGUGUCGUGAAAGCCGCCUGAAAAUAUAAAAAGCUAGUGAAUCGGAAUUUCGCUUUGGCGUGAUACGUAUUAAUUGUAAAUAUUUGAGUUUUUAUUUUGCACUUGAUAGACUACUAGAUAUAGAAG